GGCUGUGCCUGGCCCCGCCCCCUCCGCCGCCUCUCGCAGCCGCCGCCGGGGCUCCGCGCCGCCGACAUGAAGCCGAGAAAAAACACAAAACGUGUUCCCAGCUUUCGUAAGUUACUGAGAACUAGUAAAAUAAAGCUUGACAACAAAUUAAAGAAUAAACAGUACAAGCAGCAGAGUGCUGCUAAGAAGUAUCGAAAGGAACAAAAGAAGCUAAGGGAGGCUGUCAGAGAUGCUAUCUCUAGAAAACCUUUUCCUUUGGAAGAAUGCAAGAAAAAACAAGUUGGUAAAAAAUGGGAAGAAGAGGAAGAAGAAGCACUUCCACUGGACAUGAUGGAUGAAGAUGACUUAAAAUUAAUGGAGGAUUUGGCUCAGAAUGCAUCCUUUUUAACCAGAGAUCUCUCUUCUAAUGAACCUGUUCAUAUCAAAAAACGAAAAUAUGAAAGUGUGAUUGACAAAUAUGAGAAGGUGCCAAGGCGUAUGCAGACUGAACCACAAAAAGAACUCAUCCAUCUGCUCCCCAUCAAAGACAAAAGUGGCAUUAUUCCCCAAACUAUGGAAAAGCCUGUUCUCGGUGUUGCACAGGAUGAAGAGGAGGAAACAGAAGAAAUGGAGGAAGCAGAGGACUUUGAUGAAGAACCCCUGCCUGUUCUCUCCCCUGAGGAAAUGGCUGCUCAAAGGAGACAAAAGCUGCAGGAAAGAAAGAUGCACAUAGCUAACUUAGCAUCAGCCAUUCUGUGUGAGCCAGACAACAAUAUUAAAAAGCUGAAGGAGCUAAGGGCUAUGCUGAUGGAACAGGAUCCUAAUGUGGCUGUGAUUGUUCGGAAGCUGGUCAUGGUUUCUUUGAUGGAGAUAUUCAAAGAUAUUGCUCCUUCCUACAAAAUUCGUCCUCUGACUGAAGCAGAAAAGGCUACCAAGGUUAAAAAAGAAACCCAGAAACUGAGAGAAUUUGAAGAAGGCCUUGUGAGCCAGUAUAAAUUUUACUUGGAAAAUCUGGAACAAACAAUUAAAGAUUGGAAACAGAGGAAGCUGAAGAAAAGCAAUGUCAUCUCAUUAAAAGCAUAUAAGGGUCUAGCAGAGAUUGCAGUGAAGUGUUUGUGUGAGCUACUUGUGGCCCUACCCCACUUCAACUUCCACAACAACAUUAUUGUUCUCAUUGUUCCACUCAUGAAUGAUACAUCAAAAAUGAUUUCUGAACUGUGCUUUGAGGCAGUUAAGAAGCUCUUCAAACAAGACAAGUUGGGCUAUGCUUCACUCGGUGUCGUUAAGGUCAUUUCUGGCCUUGUGAGGGGUAGGAAUUACAAUGUUAGACCUGAGGUCUUAAAAGUAUUUCUUCACUUAAGAAUUAAGGAAGUAGAAUUACAAAAGGAUUCCGAAGAUAUUGCACCAAAGAAGAAGUUCAUGACUUACAAAGAGAAAAGAAAAAAUCUUUCAAGAAUGCAAAGAAAGUGGAAGAAAGCAGAAGAGAAACUGGAACGAGAACUCUUGGAAGCUGAAGCUUCAGAAAGUAAAGAAAAAAAGCUGAAACUGCACACAGAGACCUUGAAUAUUGUAUUUGUAACUUACUUUAGAAUCUUGAAGAAAGCUCAGAAGUCUCCACUUUUGCCAUCUGUACUAGAAGGUCUUGCAAAGUUUGCUCAUCUCAUAAAUGUGGAAUUUUUUGAUGACCUGUUGAUUGUUCUUCAUUCUCUUAUUACAUCUGGGGGCUUAAGCUAUCGAGAGAAUCUUCAUUGCAUUCUCAGUGCUUUUCAUAUACUCUCUGGUCAAGGUGAUGUUCUUAACAUUGAUCCGAUGAAAUUCUACACACAUCUUUACAAGACACUGUUCAGCUUACAUGCAGGUCGUACCAAUGAUGAUAUAGGGAUUGUGCUCCAGUGCAUGGAUGUCAUGUUUGCCAAGAGGAGAAAGCAAGUUUCACAGCAACGAGCUCUUGCUUUCCUAAAGCGACUUUCCACACUUGCUCUUCAUGUACUUCCAAACUCCAGUGUUGGGAUCUUGGCAACAAAUAGGAUAUUAAUGCAAACAUUCCCAAAGAUGGAUCUCUUACUAGACAAUGAAUCUCAAGGCAGUGGAGUUUAUCUCCCAGAAUUAGAUGAACCAGAGCAUUGCAAUGCUCAGAACACAGCUCUGUGGGAGCUGCAUUUACUACAGAGACACUAUCAUCCAACAGUGCAGAAAUUUGCAACUCACCUUAUUGCUGGAGCUCCAACUGAAGGCUCAGGAGCUCUUUCACUUGAUUUGAGUCAAAGGCCUGCUGUGGAGCUUUUUGAGGCAUACAGUAUGAGAGGAAUGACCUUUAAUCCUCCUGUUGCAUCAGUAACAGCCAGAAAAAAGGAUAUAUUCUCCCAAAUGGAUUCAUUUAUAGAUGAAGAGCUAAACAAACAGCUUCAGCAGCACAUCAGUGAGACUCCUGUUCACAAAACCCUGGAUUUUGCUAAACACUUGAAACCAUCUUUGUCAUGAAUGUAUCCAUCAGUCGUGUUCAGAUGGUUUCUUAAUUAUGGAGAAAGAUUGGCUGAAGGAAAUUUUCACUCAUUAUUAAAGGAAUUCAAGUUGGCUUUUCUUUGAAUAUAGAAGCAUACAAAAAAAAGGCAACAGCAGUUUUUCACACAGGUCUCUCCACUGAGUUACUGAGCCCAUGUUUUUAAGGCUCAGUAACCACAAUGAAUGGUCACAUCUUCAGGAGAGACCCAUGUAAAAAUUAUUUUCAACCAUGCAUUGUACUAUUUCUGUUUAUAUAUUUUCUAAUUUUUAUAGCAUAAUAUAGACAUAUGUGUUUCUGAAGAAAUCAGUGGGUUGUGUUGAUAAGUUAAUAAAUAUUCUGGAAAUUUUAAUACAAUAUUCACUUUGAUAUUUAAGAUACCUAGACUUUUGAAGUAUAUAUUGCAUUUUUUCUGCUUUUCUUCUGAUAUCUCCUAAGCAUUUAUCUUGUUUUAAAAUUAUUUUGCAUUUGGUGGGGUUUUUAUUCCCUUUGAUGAAUCUUGGUAUGAGCAAACUGAGGUUUACUGAAUUCAAGUUCUGAAAUAUCAUAAUGAUCAAAUGCUCUACAACAGUGUCUUCAGCAAACCAUCACUGACAAGGCUACUGGACAAAUUCAAAGCAAUAAUUUAAAUUUUUGUUUUUAAUCUUUAUUCCCCAAAUAUUAGUUAUUGCCUGGUUGGUUUAGAUUCCAUUUUCAACUAACUGUUGGCUUUGCAUAAGUAAAAUACAUGAAAUAACUUUAAAAAUGGUAUUGGCUUUAUAUGAAUUCCAUUCUACAGGGGAGCAUGGUGGGCUGUCCCUGCCUGGCAGCUGAAACAUUUUGUAGCAUUCAGCUGAUGUAAUAGUGGUACAUAUUGUAAGAACUGAAAAGCUUUUGUACACAUCACUCAUUAUCCUUAAAAUAAUCAGAAAAAAUUUCUUUGCCUCUAGGGUAUUUAGUCCUUUAUCCAGAUUUAUAGUUCUUACAUAGCUUUAUAAGUAAUUUAUUCUAAUACAUAAUUUUAUUUUUAAUCAGAUUAUUUCACCAAGUUUCAAGUAGUUAAAACAUAAAUUCACAAACAUUUUUUAAAUAAACAUCUAUCAGUGUAUUAAAAAAUACAUACAUUAUUAUGUAGAUUACAAAACUGCCUACAUAAGGGUGUAGGCAAUACAUCUGAUGUAUCUGAUGUAAUACAUGGGGAUGGUCACGUAUCUGUUUCUGUCUAUGUUGCCAUUCCCACAGCUUUUGACUUUUUAAGUGUUUACAGCUAUGGAUGUGAUUUAAAUUCUUGAAAGGAGGGUAUUUGUCAAUAAUUUUUUCAAUUGAGAAAGGUAAAAGCAAAGAGUCAGCAUCCUAAACCAUUUAUUUUUUUUUUUACAACAUAUACAGAUACAAUUUAAUUAAUUCUUCAAGUCAGCAGAGAGAAAAUAGUCCAGGAGGAAAAAGUCACUUUUUAAAUUGUUCAUUUCACAUAGUUUUCAAACAUUAUAAAGACUGGCACAUAGCUAUGUUGCA